GCGGCCACCAUGUGAUCCACCACCCCAAGUACAUUGCAAACAUGCUUGAAAGGAGGACGAAACCUACGGGUACCACUCGAACCAGCGUCUCGAUUUGAUUUGAACACCCACAACGGAUUCCGCCGUUUGCCAUUCCAUCUCGGGAGUCGGUAGCGUUCGCGUGUGUCGCGCUAUUUUCGGAAAUUAUUCUAUUCUUAGCACCUCAAUCCGAAAGCCAUACCCAGGGUAACCACGGAAUUACCGAAACCGCGCCAAAGUGCCUCUCGGAAGCGAGCUUUUAUUCACGUUUCAUCAGCCAAUCAUCAAAACAUCAAACCCGAAGCAACAAAGUACAGUCCGAAGAGAAACUCUCGGAGGCAACAGCAAAAGUUUUAUCGAUUACGAACAUUAAAAGCAAACGCCACAUUACUACCGUGGUGCCUCCCGAACGGAAGAACUCGGUUGCCAGCAGUGGGCGAAAGUGGGACCCAACCACAAAACGGGAUUCAUCAUCUGCUGCCUUAAGGCGCUCGCUGAAAAUCUGGUCACGGUCGCCUCGGCAUUGCUCCAAUUUACUGUGUUUUGACUCCGGGGAGUUCAAACCGCCCGCGAAAUUUAGUGAGCUCGGAAGCGUCCGUUCGGUGGGUCCAACUUCGAUACACAUGCUUCAGUCUGUACGUAGUUUGAAUAUGAAUCUUCCCCAAGCGCCCGAAGGAUUAUGAAUGCAGUUCCCCUAUUUAGUGUCUUCUGCUUGUCUUCAGUGCUAUGGAUAUAUACAGUGGCUGGAGCAUUGACUCAUCGGUUACCUCCAGACGCUAAAGUUUACGAUAAAAAUGUUAAACCAGGUUCACUCACGGAGGUGGCAGUGUCGCUGUAUAUCAAUCGAAUAUCGGGAGUGGAUGAGAAUAGAGAGGAAAUCUCAAUCGAUGUUUUUCUACAAGUUACCUGGGAGGAUCCGCGACUACUCCCGGCGGACGAGCCCACCAUGACGAAGCAGUACGUGGAGCUGACACCGAUCGAGCGGGAAACGGUGUGGGUUCCCGAUCUGUACAUCCGCCAGCUGCGUGAGAUGAAGGUGAUGGCUCUGCUCGAGGAGUUCAGCAGUCUGCGAUUGUACAAAAACAGCACGUUAGUGCUGAGCAUAGGAGCAACAAUAAUAUUCAAGUGUGACAUGGAUUUCGUAUUAUAUCCAUUAGACGUCCAAAGGUGCCCGGUAGAUUUUAGCAGCUAUAAGUAUACAGUUAAGGAAAUGCGCUUCCGUUGGAAGACCGAUAAUGCGCUCGCAUUCCCGCACGAUUUUGGAGACGGAUUCUUCCGGUUGCCAAAAUACGUCGUCUCGUUCUACACGGAACAGGAACCACAGGUGAUCCAUUACGGUGAUGAUAACCACAGCUCCGCGAGGCUGGAAAUCACUCUUUCGCGUGAAGUUAAAAGCUACCUGUUGGAGAACUAUCUCCCGUCCACCCUAUUCGUGUCGAUGUCUUGGGGUUCGUUUGUGGUUGUACCGGAGAUAGUUCCGGGAAGGAUGGUCCUGCUGGUGACCACACUCCUGUCGCUGAUCACCAUGUUCGACACGGUUCGCAAUAAUUCUCCAGACGCACUGGAGCUCAAGUGCCUUGAGGUGUGGCUCAUAUCAUGUACACUGUUUGUAUUUUUCGCCCUGAUGGAGUAUUUCAUAGUUCUCUUCGGUAUCCGGUAUGAUAAGCACUGGCGUGUGGCGGCGAAGAGUCACAUCCAGGUCGCGCCCCCGGUACAGCUGCAGCCGACAAUAAACCUGUCGCAAAGCACCGUCGAGACACCGAUGAACUCCAGCCACGCACAGCGCGAAAAUGGACUGGAGAGUAGUGGAGGUCUCAAGGUGACAGGCACCAACAAGGUGCAACCACAGGAAUCGGAUCCCACGAAGCCCACCCACAGCUCGCUCGGGAAUCUGUCGGGAAACUUCCAAAACACUCAGCACGUGACUUCCGUUAUGACUAGAAGGCGUGUUUACAGCUUCCGGAACGUGGCCGACGUGGCGCUCAUGUACGCCGGAUCGCAACGAGGCCGGCUGGACCAAAUCUCGUUGAUAAUCUUCCCACUAAGCUUCCUCAUAUUCACAAUCGCCUACUGGACGAUGUACAUUAGCGAAUCGAAUAAGAGCAAAUGAUAGAUUUGAGUUUGUUUACGCUUUGUAUUGCCCCACCAAAGGUUACCGUUUAGUAUCGUUGUAGUACCGUAUGCGUGAUAUUGUUUUGAACCAUAGUGCACUGUAAAAACUAAAAAAAUUAUUGAAAAUUCUCAUUGGUUUUCAUGCACAGUAUGAGACUUCCUACAUUCUAUUCCUGGAAAGCCUCAGAAGUAUGAGAUAGCUCGAACUAUGUCUCAGUUUCGGCCGGCUUCUGGGUAAUUGGAGGCCCUGAUCUCGAAAGUCACUUCGAGGUGAAAACGGAAUGGAGUGUAUAUAACCUUGUAUACAAAUCAUUCCCUUUUCACCGUGAAGUGACGUUCGUGAUCAGGCCCGGAGUGGCUUUAUGAUCAAAGUGAAAAAUAUAUAUUCUCACAGAUUCAAUGUUUGUCUGAGUCUUGUUGCACUUGGGUAACACCUGGAACAGGCCUCGGCCUUCAUGACGUGCCACACAGAAUAAGACCAUUUAUUAAGACUGAUAGGCAAAAUAAAGUGCCCACCUCAUAAUUUUUUUAAAAUUUCUUUCAUUUAUUUGGUUCGAAUUAGGCUAACCAAACGUACCGUUUUGAACGGGACAAUGCCGUUUUUUCGACCGUUUUUUAUUGUCUCGCCUUUUUGUUAAUUUGAAUCGUAUUUCAGUAUGUAUAAAAAAUCAUUUUCCUUUUUCGUUAUUUUCAAUAAAUUAUUCUCAAAUGAACAUCUUCAAAAAGUAAUCGAGUGUUUGGCAUUUGAUAUAGAAAGCCUCAAUGUGAGAGUUUAUAAAUAUGUACCUUCAAAUCAAAACGGUUUGUGUAGAACAAUUGAAGAUCUCUCGUGAUUUCGUCGGUGAACAUUUAGCUAAAUUCCUUGAGCAUGGUAGCACACGAAAGCAGUGAAGAUAUUUUUUGUGAAUAAUGCGAGAAGAAAGAACUGGUUUGGCUUGCAAUUUGUCAUGUGGCAUGAAAUCAUAUCGUUUUCCUGGAGAGUCUGGAGAGCGAGCCGGCCAGUCUAAAAAAAUAUGUUUUUGGUCCUUAAUCCAUUGCUUAGUUUACUUGUUGGUAUGAAUAGUAGCAUUGUUUUGCUAGAAUGUGAAUUGUUUGUGACGAUGUCCACGCAAAAACGGCAGGAGAGAGGAUAUCAGAACAUGUGUGUAAUCCUUGAAUGAUGUGAAAGCUAUCUUGUGCUUUCCGGUUGCACAGAAUUCCGCCCAAACCAUGCACGAGCCUCCACCAAAAUUCCUGGUUGGAAAAUACUAUUUCUUCUUCCGUAAAUCACGCCAGUACCUGUUGAAACUAUCAGGACCAUCCAAAUUGAACUUUUUUUCGUCAGUGAAGAUAUCCCAUACAUUGAAGAACUUUUCGUUAUGGUAUAUAGCAAAAUGUAUUCUUUUGGAAACCUUCUUUGUCACAGCAUACCAUGUCCCACUGUCGGUUCAUGUGUGCUUUGGCAAAACUCAGACAUCUUCCGAUGUGAGAUGAUGUAAGAUGGGGAGCUUUAACUUUUUAAACCCUCUUUAUGUGAGGAUUUUUUACCAAAAUUUAACGAAUUGUCACCCGAGUAACAUUUAAAUUAAAAUGUUGCUUUAUUUGCAUAAGCGAUUUUGAGGUGUUCGAAGCUGUACAACUAAAACAACGGAAAAUGUAACUGGUCUUAUAGAAACUUGACAAUUGAAAAAUACGAAAACAUUCGUUUACGCUCAGCGCUUGCACAUAUACAUAUGAAAAUCAUGCAAUGUAUGGUAGUCACCAAUACCUACACACUAAAAUAUAAAUUGAAGCAUUGUUUGCUUAUAAUGACACAAAGCAGCAAGAUCAUCACCUGGUCUUAUAGAAGUUGGACAGAGUGUAUUUGGUCAGUCUAGUUCGAAUUCAAAUAAACACACUGUAAUUUUGUUGAUAUCUAAUUUAUUAUAUUAUUUUAAUGUUCCGCUUAUGGAAUACUAAAAAGAGAGUUUUCCUCAAAGGAAAAAAGACGUCGCCGUCUCGUAACACAGGGGUUGAAUGGCAAAAUUAGCCCGGAAGAGCCAAUCUAUCAACAAGCCAAACUACUUAAGUUAAGAAAACGGUUCUCUGGAUGGACGGCAUGUUCGGGUGUGGUGCAGAUCGGGUAAAGAGUUUCAGGAGCAUCACAUUCAAGGCCUGGUGAAGGAGGAAAUGUGACAGUCCGGGCGUGUUUUUUCGUGGGAUAGAGUGGAAAGCCUCGUGAAAAGCGACGGGAUAAUGACGACAGAUUUCAAUAUGAACAUCCUGGAGGUUUCGUUGAACCGGAUGGUCCGAUUCUCGAAGACAGGGUUGAGAAAACUAAUCCUAUCAUUAAAAAUAAUUAUUAGGAAGCGCUGAAACUGAAGCCUUGGAAGAUCUGGAUCUACAGCUCUUGAAGACCUCAUUAGUGGUCACAGUAACCUCGAUAGUUUGCGAUAGGACAAUCUAGGUAACGUCGAGGUCGUAUCGAUGCGGGAGCUUUUCUGAACAGGACAGAUGGGAUGGAAAUGCUCCCUAUUUUCUACCACUUUUCGCGAUGACGCGAUUGGCUAUAAAUAGUGUAUCAUCGUUCGUGAAAACGCAAAAGAACCAUACUGGCAUGACGCAGCCUCUUUUGAAGAUAUAAACGCUAUAACCGGCGGGUGACCGUGCUACCAUGGAUCAUGUCUUCGCGGUUCGACAGAUUUUGCACAAAUUGCGCGAAAACAGCGUGCUCAUGCAUCAUUUUAUAAUCGACUUCUGAUCAACAUACGAUACAAUCGAUCGAGACCAGCUAUGGCAAGUUAUGCACGAAUACGGUUCCCCGAUAAACUCAAGGGAUUAGUCAAGGGGGACAAUAGAUCGAUUGCGCGAGUUCUCUGAACCUCGAAGGGGUCUAUGACAAGGUGAUGUGGGCUCCCGUUCUUGUUAUUUAACAUUUUAAUAGGAUGCUUAUGUUCUCAUCACCAUCUAUCCCAUCUUCUAAAACCCAAAUCUAUGCCACAUUCCCAAGCUCCAUUUAAAACCCAAAUUCGUAAUAAUAAAUGUCACAGCCGUGCAAUUCCAAAUAAAAUCGAUCUAAAAAUGUAGAUUUUAAAAACUUGUAUUUUUGAUUCGAACGAAAGUGUGUAUUGUGUGUAUAUUAUCAAAGAUUUCUCUUACUAAAAUCGAUAUGCCCUUUUCAAAAGUUACACUUGAGUCAAAAAAUUCCCAAA